AUAAAUAUAAAAAUACGGAAUUGAUAAUUUUUUUUUUUUAGUUUUAAAUUUAAUUAAAAAACAAAAUUGAAAUUCUUAUUUUUGUAUUUUGGAUUUAAUAAAAAUUCAGUUAUCAUAAAUAAUGUAUGUUUGUAUAUAAACAUAAAAAUUCAUAUUUACUUUAAAGUGACAGAUGAAAUUAAAAUAGAAACAACGGCAACAGCAGCAGCACCAGCACUACACUAGCAAAGGAUAUAUGACAGCUGCUGUCAGUUAAAGAAAAGCAUAAAAAAAAUAUGCUAUAUAGAGAGUAGCUGUGUGUUGUUGACAACGACGGCAAAAUUCCAAACAUUUUUAGUUUUUCUUUUUAUUAAUUUUUAUUUUUAUUUUAAAUGUUAUUUAAAUAAAAUAAUUUUUAAUUUUUCAAUUAAUUUUGAAAUUUUAAGAUAAAACUCAAAUACAAAAAUAAGUUUUAAGUGAAUCAAUAGUCGUGCCAAAUAUUAAUUUUUAGAGAAAAAAAAAGAAAUUUAAUAAAACGAAACAUACAAAAAAAAAAAGAAAAAAAUCGAAAUUGAAAAUUUAUAUGAAAAUUUUCUAAAAAAUGCUGUGAUAUAUCUAUAUAUUUAAAUGAAAAUACAACAAAUACAAAAGAAUAAAGUUAUUGAUCAAAUAAAUAUGAAAAAUAUUUCAAAAUAUUUAAAAUUAUACCCAUUGAAAAAUCAAAAAUUUUUAUUUUCAAAUAUCUUGUAAACUUCAAAAGGUCCUCAAAAAGAAAAAAAGAAAAAAAAAAACUACCCACAUCAAAAAUGUACUCAAAUUGAUGCUUCAUAUUUUUAGAAAAACAAGAAAAUAACAAAAAAUAUAUAUAUAUAAAAACAACAACAAAAAUCUCAACAUUGGUUAUGUUGCAAAAACAAAAUCCAAAAAAUGAUGUAAAAAUAAAAAAUUUAUAUAAAAAUAUCAAUUGCAACUUGGGUUAAAAAUUAUAAGGCAGUUUUUAUAAAAAAAAAAUUAUUUAUUUUUUUUUUUUAUUUAUAAAUGAAAAAUUUACAUUCCAAUAAAUAUUCGGAUACCACAAUAAUGCCACAUUUUGGCUUAGGUGGAGGUGGUGCUGGUGGUUAUGCACAUGCACAAACUCCACCAUCUCCACCAAAUCAUCAUCAUCAUCAUAUAGGUGGAAGUACAACAGCAGCAAGUGGUCCAAAUUCAAAUAGUGGAAGUAAUAGUGGUAAUAAUAGUAAUCAAAAUCAUUUAAAUGCUAAUUCAAUGUUACCACCAAGUCCAUCUACACCACAUCAUCAUCAUCAUCAUCAGCAUAUGUCAGCAACGACGAUUAUACCUAGAUUAAAUUCUGGAUCUUUAAUACCAACUAGUUUAGCAUCAAAUAGUGGAAAUGGUGGUUGUGGUAGUAGUGGUUCAAAUCAAUUAUAUAGACCUCAUAUAGAAGAUAAAAGACUGACUAGAGACGCAAUGGAUCGUUAUAUGAGAGAGCGUAAUGAUAUGGUGAUUGUUAUAUUGCAUGCAAAGGUCGCCCAAAAAUCUUAUGGUAAUGAAAAACGUUUCUUUUGUCCGCCACCUUGUAUAUAUUUAUUUGGGAAUGGCUGGCGUCGUAGGCAAGAAGAAAUGUUACAAAAAGGUGAAACUGAACAAGGUUCUCAAUUGUGUGCCUUUAUUGGUAUAGGCAAUUCAGAUCAAGAUAUGCAACAAUUAGAUUUAAAUGGAAAACAAUAUUGUGCUGCCAAAACAUUAUUUAUAUCAGAUUCCGAUAAAAGAAAGCAUUUUAUGUUAUCAGUUAAAAUGUUUUAUGGUAAUGCACAUGAUAUAGGUGUUUUUAAUUCAAGACGUAUUAAAGUUAUUUCAAAACCAUCAAAGAAAAAACAAUCAUUGAAAAAUGCUGAUUUAUGUAUAGCUAGUGGUACAAAUGUAGCUCUAUUUAAUCGUUUAAGAUCGCAAACAGUAUCAACGCGAUAUUUACAUGUUGAAAAUGGUCAUUUUCAUGCUAGUUCAACUCAAUGGGGAGCAUUUACAAUUCAUUUAUUAGAUGAUAAUGAAAGUGAAUCAGAAGAGUUUCAGGUUCGAGAGGGUUAUGUCCAUUAUGGAGCUACAGUAAAACUAGUCUGUUCGGUAACUGGUAUGGCUUUACCAAGAUUAAUAAUUAGAAAAGUUGAUAAGCAAAUGGCACUAUUAGAAGCUGAUGAUCCCGUAUCACAAUUACAUAAAUGUGCCUUUUAUAUGAAAGAUACAGAGCGAAUGUAUUUGUGUCUAUCACAAGAAAAAAUUAUACAAUUUCAAGCAACACCUUGCCCAAAGGAGCCAAAUAAAGAAAUGAUAAAUGAUGGUGCCUGUUGGACUAUCAUAUCGACUGACAAAGCAGAAUAUCAAUUUUAUGAGGGGAUGGGUCCAGUUGCAACACCAGUAACUCCAGUUCCUAUUGUAAAUUCAUUGAAUCUCAAUGGUGGUGGUGAUGUUGCAAUGCUUGAAUUAAGUGGUGAUAAUUUUACACCGCAUCUGCAAGUAUGGUUCGGUGAUGUUGAAGCCGAAACGAUGUAUCGAUGCACGGAAACUUUAUUAUGUGUUGUACCGGAAAUUUCACAAUUUAGGGGCGAAUGGCUUUGGGUUCGCCAGCCAACACAAGUGCCUAUAUCAUUAGUAAGAAAUGAUGGUAUUAUUUAUGCAACUGGUUUAACAUUUACAUAUACACCAGAACCAGGCCCGAGGCCACAUUGUCACCCAGCUGAAGAUGUGAUGCGAAAUCCAACAUCAACAACAACAACAACAUCAACACGACACAAUAAUAAUUCUACUAAUAAUAAUAGUAAUAAUAGUAGUAAUAGCAAUAGUAACACUACAUCGAACUCAUCAAAUAAUAAUCAACAACAUCAUCGAACAUCGACGACUACUUCAUCUCAACAACAAAUGUCAUCUAUUACAGAUGUAUCAUCAUGGAGUUCACAUGGUAUUAGUUUAUCAUGAAUAAAAUUAACUUAAAUAGAAUUUAAAAAAGAGAAAGAGAAAUCAUUUUUUUUUUUAUAUUAUUAAAGAUUGAAAAAAAGAUGAGCAACACAUCAAAUGGAAAAAUCAAAGUAUCCUAUAUUUGUUUUUUUGAUAUUUAAUAAUAUUAAAAAAAAAAAUUAAUAUUAGUAAUAUAAUAAUAGUAAACACUGUAAUAUCUCGAAUUUUUGCGAAAAUGUGAAAAGUUAUACAAUUUAUAAUAUAAUGUAUUUGUAUUUUGUAUAAAUUAGUUGUAAAUGUAAUAAUGUAUAUCAAAUCAUUCCUAUUGUGUAUUUUCCUCUUUUUAAGUGGAUAUACAAUAAAAUUAUUUACAGAACAUAUAUU